UUUGGAUCUUUUCAGAGGGAUGCACAAUCAGGGAGCUCAGCUAAACAUGGUGGGAUUCUUGAAGUGCUUCUUGUCAAUGCCAGAGACAUCAAACACACCAAUCUGUUUGGUUCCCGGGCAUAUUAUGUGAUGGUAGAAUGUGGAAAUCAUGAACACAGAACAAAAGUAUCAUCAGGGCUUUCACUAUGUUCUGUGGACACAGGUAAACAUGAGAAGGUUUGUUGGAAUGAGAAGUUUUCAUUUGAACUCCCUUCAUCUGAUUGGAAGAACAUAACUCAUAUCAAAUUCAGAAUCAUGCAAACAAAAUUUCUGAGCAAUGAAUCUGUUGGUACAAUAGUAAUCCACCUUGGUGGAAUAAUUUCAGAGGGAUACGAAAGAGGAUUCAUAGAAGUUCGGCCAGCUCCAUACAACGUCGUGCUCGAGGAGGACGACACUUACAAAGGAGAAAUAAAGAUAGGAUUCAAAUUUUUCACCAAAGAAGAAAUAGUUCAGAUGGAAGCAAGAGAGUUCAUUGCAGAUGUGAAGCAGGAAAGGAAACCGAUCUAUGGCAAGGUUAUGAACUUGUGGACAAAUGUAUGGUUAAAGUUGUUGUGCCUCUUUGGCCACAAGAAAUUUUCCAGUGGUCGAAAACAACAGUGAACUCAUGAAAUAUUAUGUCGGGUCGAAAACAACAUUUUCAGUUUCUAUUUGGGUUUUCUUCUUCGUAAUAAAAAAGAUGUCCGAUGGAUCAUAUUGCAUUCAAA